CAACAAACACCAUCUGUAAAACGUUGCAGUCUUUAGACACUCUCGCCUCCAUUCGCUACACAGUCUUCGUGCUCUCCGUCUUCUCCUCCCCAAUUCUCUCUCACACGUCUCUUCUCUUUCUCCUUUUUCAAAUCGCAGAUCUCUCUCUGUUCUUGUCGGAAACACCAAUGGCAUUAGUCACAGGAGCUUCAGUUGCCAUGUCUUCUCUCUCCUUGAAGCCUACCCAGGCACGUGGCAACAGGAUCUCUAGUGUGAAUGUAGUUUCACUUGCUUUCGGUGGAGGAAGCUGUCCGUCUCUCACAAUGAAGCCUGCAUCAUAUCGCUUCAAACAGUCCUGUGCAGCUAAACCAGAGACAGUGGACAAGGUGUGUGCAAUAGUGAGGAAGCAGUUGGCUAUUGCAGAGGAUGCCGAACUCACUGGAGAGUCAAAGUUUGCUGCACUUGGGGCUGAUUCUCUGGAUACGGUUGAGAUUGUGAUGGCACUUGAGGAGGCAUUUGAUGUCACUGUCGAAGAAGAUAGCGCGCAGCAGAUCACCAAUGUGCUGGAGGCGGCAGAUCUGAUCGAGGACAUGAUCCAGAAGAAGGCCUAAACUAGUUUGGAGAGGGAGUCAGUGAGAGAGCUCUUAAUGAACUUCUCUAGUAGUGGAUCCUUUCAUAUUUUCAGUUUGUUUGGUGCUUAUUUUGCUACUAGCAUAAGCAUUCUGGAAAAGCUUGUAGGCUCCUUUUGACAAAUGUUGUUGUAUGUGAAAUUGUUUAGUUUGAGUCUGUGAUAAAUGUCCUGUGUUUUAAUAAUUAUUCUACUGUUGUCUUCAUUACUUGAAACUUGAAAGUGAGUUAUGUUAAACAAUAAGUUAUUGUUAGGUUUGCAAUGAUAUAUGUUGGCCUUGGUCAUGGA